AUGGCAACCCACUCCUGGAGCUCCACUUGUCCUGGGUCCCCUCUCAAUCAAAGAGAGCUGGGACCCUCUAUUCAGACAACCACCAAUAAGCACAAAAGCCUUGAACCCAAGGUCUAUGGAGAAGUUUCCCUUAGCCAUGCAAUUGCCCUCAUCCUGGGAUUGCAAAACCAAGUCAUCCGGCUUGAAAGGGAACUCCAGGAAACAAAAGAAGCUACCAAGGAAGCAUGCAACUGGAUGGGAGCAGUCAAUCAAGCCCUUGCUCAAAUUGAGGCUGGACCUGGGCCCCACAGGCCCAAAGACCAAAAACCCCUGGUUGUUGAGGAGACCCCUUGGCCCUUACCAAAGGCCAACCCUCUACCAGUGCCUAGCGCGCCCCUCCUUACCUGGACCCAGGCCCAGCCAGCAAAACCUCCCAUUGUCUUUGCCCAGUCAACUCCUGUCCAGGCUCCCCCACAAGUCCAGACUCCCCCUGCACCUGUGCCUCUCUGGCUCUGCUCUCCUGCUCUCCCUCAGCCAGCAGCUCCAGUAGCUGCCUACCAACCCCUGGUCAAGGUAGAUCACCCUGAUGCCUACAUGGGGAAAAUAGGGAAUGAGUUGCACCAAUGGCUCACAAGGAUGCUGGCAUGGGUCUGCCUCAAUCAGCAGAUGUUCCCCACCAAUCAGGAGACUCUAUUGUUCCUCCUGAUGAACAUGAAGGAAUUGGCAGGAGCUUGGGCUUACCCCCACCUUGACCAACUAGGGUCACACUGUGCCCUGAUCCAAAUGGUGGAAGAUUUCAAAAGGGAGUUCUUGGCUGCAUUUGGUAACCCCACCACCACACAAGCUGCCAAGCAGCAGAUCACUCACCUUACUCAGACAGGCACCUGUGCUGAGUACAUUACUAAGUUCAGGACCAUUGCCAUGGACCUGGACUGGAACAAUGCCACCCUCUGCAGACAAUUUGCACAAGGCCUCCACUGGGAGGUCAGUUGCCUCAUAGCUACACAAGAGCAAUGCCCCACCACUCUCCUCAAGCUGCAGGACGCAGCUCUGGUCAUUGACAACACCCUCUGUGAGGAGCAUGCCAGCCACCCGCCAAAGGGUAAUAAGUCUGGCCCCUCCAACACUACCCCCAACAGGGGGGCAAGUACCAGCCAACAGGCCACAAGACCAGGUUGCUUGUCCAGCAAUCCCAACUUUGUCUCCAAGGAGGAGCACAACCAUUGCAGAGCUGAAGGCCUCUGCAUCAAAUGCAGUAAAGCAGGGCACAAGUUUGCAGAAUGCUGCACUGGCUGGAAGGCCAUCCCUAAGGAAGGAGAUGUCAAGAAGGAAGCCACCAAGAUUGGCAAAGAGUCUGGACCCAAAUUGGGAAAAGACUAA